AUGGCAAUUGGUACGAGUUUUGUGAUCACAAAAAAGGGUCUCAUGCAAGCCUCCGAACGACAUGGAUUUGAGGGUGAAGGAUUCUCAUACUUGAGGAGCCCAGUGUGGUGGGCCGGUGUCAUCAUGCUGGCUAUCGGAGAGAUCGCAAACUUCGCCGCCUAUGCGUUUGCGCCCGCUAUUUUGGUCACGCCGUUGGGUGCGCUCAGUGUUUUGAUCGGCGCCGUCCUCGGUUCAUAUUUUCUCGAUGAGCGAUUGGGUACAUUGGGCAAGCUCGGAUGCGCCAUGUGCCUUCUCGGCUCCGUCGUCAUUGUCCUCCAUGCGCCUCCCGACACACCAGUCGACAAGAUCGAGCAGAUGCUGGCAUACGCCCUUCGCCCGGGUUUCCUUUUGUACUGCCUGGCAGUUGCGAUUUUCUCGACCGUUAUGAUCUAUCGCGUUGCUCCGAAACACGGCAAAAAGAACCCGCUCAUCUUCAUCUCGAUCUGCUCCACUGUUGGCUCAGUCUCUGUGAUGUCCAUCAAGGCCUUCGGUAUCGCCGUUAAGCUGACUUUGGGAGGCCACAACCAAUUCGGCCGUCCAUCCACCUACAUCUUCGCGAUUGUCACCGGAUUUUGCAUUUUGACGCAGAUGAACUACUUCAACAAGGCAUUGAAUGAAUUCUCCACUUCGAUUGUGAACCCCCUCUACUAUGUGACAUUUACGACCGCUACGCUUUGUGCUUCCUUUAUUCUCUUCCAGGGAUUCAAUACCACCGACGCUGUCAACACCAUCUCCCUCCUAUGCGGGUUCCUCAUCAUCUUUACUGGCGUUUACCUCCUCAACCUCUCACGACACGAUCCGGACGGACAUCACCUGGUCAACCCCAAAUAUGAUGAAGACGGCGUCCCGACAGAUGGGAUUGCGAGCUUCCAGACUCGACGGUCGAUGCAGCUUCGCCGCAGCGGUGAACCGCACCGCCGGAGCUCGUCUAGCAUCUACCUGAACGGACAUGGCGACCGCGAGGGACUCAUUCACUCCUACGAUGUCGAGAAUAACGGUGCGAUUGGCCUCGAGGAUCUGGCUGAGGAAAGCGACGGCGAGCCGGGACCAACCUACUCGCGCAAUGAACAGCGAGAGCGGGAACAAGAUCUCACGGCAGAGCAUACUAAGCAGAAUAGCCAUGCGUGA